AUGUCCAGCGAACAAUUGAGUUUCAACAGCAUUUUUCUGUUCUUUGCCUCGUUGCUGACAUUUUGUAUUCUUUUCACAAAUUCCGCUGCUCAGUCGUUGUCACAAUGUGCCCGGAUACACGCUUGUGGGGCUACGUUGACGAGUUUUCCACAGCUAGUACCACCAACUGAGGGAUCAGGUUGGGGUUCGGGUGAAUCGCCUCCUUUGUACGAUGAACUCCUUUCACCAUUGACUCAUUUCGAUUACGGUGCCGAUUCGGAGACGAAAGAGUUCGAAUUGUGUUCGUGUGCGAACAAUGAGACUUGUGAUUUCGCGGACGAGUCGAAAAAGCUGAGAUUCGAUUCGAUGUUGACGUUGCACUUUUGUGAGGAGCCAACGAAACAGAUUCCCAACGAAUGCAAGGGAAGACGGGGAAUCGUUCGUGUUAUUGGAUCCGCCCAUGGGACCGGCCAAACGCUGGCCUCGGUCACGCAGACGCUCGUUUUUUGCUCUUGUCCGGUUGGCUUCAAAAAGGUGUCAACGAACAUGUGGGAUCACCAAGAACUUUCGCUCAACUACAAAUGUUUC